AUGCGAAUCGAGUUCAAGUACAAAGGAUUUAUCGAUGCCAAACUUGAAGAUCAUGAGAUUUGUCAAGUAAGGUAUCCAAAAGGCGGGACAAGUGUCAUCACAGAAAUGGGAUUCGAUGCAGCUAACUGGACAAAGGAUAUUCUAGUGCUUCUAGUGCUUUCUUUCGUUUCCCGACUGAUAGCCUUUGCCAUCUUCAAUUUCCGCCUAAACAAGCUGAAACGAAAAGUUGUUAUGCAUGGAACCUGCACGCCGAAAAAGAUUUCCCCACUGCGAUAA